CUCCAGACAGACAGGAAUAGGGAAGAUUUAAAAAAAAAGAAAAAAGAGCGCAUGACGCGUUCCCCUCUGUAAGUUGUGCCCACAAAAUAAAAAUAAAAGAAUCCAGCGGCUCACAACGCAUGUCGCUUUGCAUAUAUUUUGAGCUUCUUCCCUUCUCAUUCAAAAAGAGAAGAAGGCUAGGCAACCCACCUCGAAAACAUUUUAUUUUGUUUGUGUGCUGGGCGUCGUCUAGCUUUCUCUAACUCUCUCAAAAUCCUUCCUCUCCUUUAACAAGGCAUUAGAAGAUGGCAGAAGCCGAGGAUAUUCAGCCACUCGUUUGCGAUAAUGGAACUGGAAUGGUCAAGGCUGGCUUUGCUGGAGAUGAUGCUCCACGAGCUGUGUUUCCCAGUAUUGUUGGCCGUCCUCGUCACACUGGUGUGAUGGUUGGCAUGGGCCAAAAAGAUGCAUAUGUUGGUGAUGAGGCUCAGUCCAAGAGAGGUAUCUUAACUUUGAAGUACCCAAUUGAGCAUGGUAUUGUGAGCAACUGGGAUGACAUGGAAAAGAUCUGGCAUCAUACCUUCUACAACGAGCUUCGUGUUGCCCCAGAAGAGCACCCAGUGCUCUUAACGGAGGCUCCUUUAAACCCCAAGGCUAAUCGUGAGAAGAUGACUCAGAUCAUGUUUGAGACCUUCAACACUCCUGCUAUGUAUGUCGCCAUUCAGGCUGUUUUGUCCUUGUAUGCGAGUGGUCGUACAACUGGUAUUGUGUUGGACUCUGGUGAUGGUGUCAGCCAUACAGUCCCCAUAUACGAGGGGUAUGCCCUUCCACAUGCCAUCCUUCGUCUUGACCUGGCUGGUCGUGACCUCACUGAUUCCUUGAUGAAGAUCCUCACUGAGCGUGGUUAUUCUUUCACAACCACAGCUGAACGGGAAAUUGUGAGGGACAUGAAGGAAAAGCUAGCUUACAUUGCUCUUGACUACGAGCAAGAGCUAGAGACCUCCAAAACCAGCUCAACAGUUGAGAAGAGCUAUGAGUUGCCUGAUGGGCAGGUUAUCACCAUUGGUGCUGAGCGAUUCCGUUGCCCAGAGGUCCUCUUCCAACCUUCAAUGAUCGGAAUGGAAGCUGCGGGCAUCCACGAGACCACAUACAACUCCAUCAUGAAAUGUGAUGUCGAUAUCAGGAAAGACUUGUAUGGUAACAUUGUUCUCAGUGGUGGUUCAACUAUGUUCCCAGGAAUUGCUGACAGAAUGAGCAAGGAAAUCUCAGCACUAGCCCCAAGCAGCAUGAAAAUCAAGGUGGUUGCACCACCAGAAAGGAAAUACAGUGUCUGGAUCGGUGGCUCAAUCUUGGCAUCCCUUAGCACCUUCCAGCAGAUGUGGAUUGCUAAGGCAGAGUAUGAUGAGUCUGGACCAUCAAUUGUGCAUCGGAAAUGCUUCUAAAUGCUUAAAGCAUGGGAUUGUCCAAGAAAAAAGAAAAAAAACUGCAGCUUGCCAUCCUUUUCAUUCUAGCUUUGUUAUCCAUCUAUGUUUAUUCUCAUGUUGCAGUGAUGAUUUUGAAAAGGCGAGAAGUUGAUUGCCAGAACGGUCCAAUUCUUUCAUUAUUAAUAUUCCUAGAUGUUUUGACUGUUAAAA